AUGGGGCUCACGUUCACGAAGCUGUUCAGUCGCCUCUUCGCCAAGAAGGAGAUGAGGAUCCUCAUGGUCGGUCUCGAUGCAGCUGGUAAGACCACCAUCCUCUACAAGCUCAAGCUCGGCGAGAUCGUCACCACCAUCCCCACCAUUGGAUUUAACGUUGAAACUGUCGAGUACAAGAACAUUAGUUUCACUGUUUGGGAUGUCGGUGGUCAGGACAAGAUCCGGCCCCUGUGGAGGCACUACUUCCAGAACACCCAGGGCCUCAUUUUUGUUGUAGACAGCAACGACAGAGAGCGUGUUGUUGAGGCCAGAGAUGAGCUCCACCGGAUGCUGAACGAGGACGAGCUCCGUGAUGCUGUGCUUUUGGUGUUUGCAAACAAACAAGAUCUGCCUAAUGCCAUGAACGCUGCUGAAAUCACUGAUAAGCUUGGCCUGCACUCCCUGCGCCAGCGGCACUGGUACAUCCAGAGCACAUGUGCUACCUCUGGUGAGGGUUUGUAUGAGGGGCUUGAUUGGCUUUCAAACAACAUCGCCAACAAGAAAUGUGAACCCAAGUUUCAUGUUGCUGACCACUUGUCCUUAAUUUCUGUAUUAGGCUUGAAGCAUCUAGGCAGGGCUUCAAUCAAUGGAAACACUCUGGAUACCUGGGUGCAAACUGCCUCUACCAUUACAGCUAUAAACUAUAUAGUCGUGACUGUGUUAGAUGUGGGGGUGUUUCUGAGAGGAUAA